AUGGACCGUAACGGUGCGCGCAAACCGCGUUCUCGCCGCAACAGGCCGUGCGACUUUUGUCGUUCGCGCAAGGUUGCUUGCAAGAUCGAGAAAGAGCCCCCUUGCCAACUUUGCCUGGACAAGUCCCAAGAAUGCACCUUCAAUGAGGCAACGAAACCUCGAAAACGGCGUCAUGUUGGUACAGAGGGUGCGCCCGGCACAACGGCGGGCAGCUCGUCAGCGGCCACAAUUCAUCCCGAAGCCGGCAUUGCUGCAGACAUGGGCUGGUCACAGUAUGAGGACGAUAACGAUAUGCUCACUAGUUUCCUACAGACCUUUGACCUCGAGCAGAACCUCCUGCCCGGACCCGCAAGCUUCCUCAGACCAGGCCCACACUCUGCUUCCUCCGCCUCCCCAGGCUCUGGUAUUGGACAAUCCGCUACUGGUACAUCGGGUUCUCAAGAUCUGGAGCACCCUACUGUUGAUCCCAAAAGUCGUCAUGACUGGACCAGUACAGCCAAGAGAUAUGUCGGUCCUUCUGGAGAUCUCGACCCAUUUCUAUUGGCCUACCGCUCCUACAACACCGACAACACAUCGGUUUCUCAUUUUGCCGCGAUAGAAUACCAUCGCACGCGCCCGCUCAAUGGAGCUGAUUGUGAAAUCUUACCGCCUGCGGUCUUCACCAUGAGCCGUAGCAUCAGCUCCACGGUUAGCACCAGUCUUACUGAAAAUACCCUGCGGCAUUCAUUUGAGCAAAAAAUCGAUGAUAUUACUGCAUCGGGGCUGGUUGCAUUGUUUUUUAGGUUUGUCCAUCCUUAUCAACCGAUAAUCAGCCGUCUUCAGUUUCCAGCCGAGGAAGAAGGCGUAUCUCUCAUACCUCUGGGUCUGCUUAGUGCCAUAUGUGCAACAGCAAUACCAUUUGUGCUCUACGAUGAUGCCCUCUGUGUUGAAUCCUCAAGGCUUCCCACAUCGAGCGAGCUCUACGAUAUUGCGUCGGAUGCACUUGCGAGAGAUUUGGGGAACCCUUCAAUCGUGACUCUACAGACUCAGCUGCUUCUCUUACAUCGUCACCGUGAUAAACAAGCUCCCAUAGGGGAUGCUUCCAUCUGGUCACAAUGUGGUCAAAUGGUAUCUUUGGCGCAGAUUCUUGGCCUCAAUGACGAUUCAUCGAGCUGGACAGCCCUCACAGGGUGGGAGAGGCGCCUACGGAAGCGAUUAUGGUGGGCAGUCUGGAUCACUGAGAAAUGGACAGCUCUGGGUCAGGGCAUGCCAAGCCACAUAUCCAAGGCAACCUGGACAGUCCCGCCUCUGGAUCGUUCGGAUCUCAUUGAUGAUCCUGGCCAUAACGAAGAACCAUCAAUGUACUUCAAGCUGCUUGCGGAACUGACGAUCAUAUUAAAUGACAUUAUCGAAGCCUUCUUCACGCUGAAUUCUACAACGCGCGCCAUGGACGACUUUGGCAAUUCUCUCCAAGUUGCCCGAGCACUUCGACUGAGAUUGAAGGACUGGCAUAACUCGCUUCCAGAAACGCUCCAGACAGAGCAGCAGAGUGGCAGUUGGAUGAUGGAUGAUUCAUCAAGUCCAGAUCUGAACGGAAAUGCUUCGUUGGGGGUUGCUUUUUUCACUGCGCAACUAACGAUUUUUCGAGCUUUGAUGCGGCCGAUCUCAAUGAAACGCCUGCACUCUGCUAUCGCCGGUCUCAGCAUGGGCAGUCUCAAUUCCUCAAAAAUCACCCCGCAGUCUGUGUCUGCUACUCUUGACGGUGCCAUUGUUGCACUGGAAAGCUUGAUUCGGUUUGUCGGGAAUUUCAACACGACAGAAUGGGAUGCUUUCUGGCCUGGGUGGUCUAAGCAUAAUUUUGCGCUUGCUUCAACGUUAUUGUUACAGUGUUGUCUAAUCACAUCCCCUACCGACAGUUGGCAGGCAAACCAAACAUCAGCGCCUCAAGGAGCUGACCCGGAUGCGCGGUCUCUGGGCCAAUUGGAUGCUAACGACAGACCUUUGGAAAGUUCAAGCGGCGCUCAAUUAUCGGCCGUACACGCUCGCUUGCAAAACCUCGCCCAGAGAUGGCGAUGGACCUUGCGUUUAGCAACGCGAGGAGCGGCCAACAAUAAAGGUCUUAUUGAUUCCAGUCUACGGCGUGUUGAUGCGCUAUUGACGGAAUGGAGAAGGGCACAGAGCACUCACUUUGAGCAUCCCACCUGGGCCAAUAGAAGGGACAAGACGUAG